GCAUUUGGUCACUCAGCCGGCGGGGUUUUCUGUUAUCGGCUGGAGGGUAUUAUUGUUGUGAAAUUUAAAAACUAGAGUGCAUUUGAUAAAUAAAGUUGCUUGAUGGCGUCCAACAAGGAAUGCCUUAUAAUCGUGCUGGAUGUGCGAACAUGUGCCGCCGAAGAAGUGAAGCUGAAAUCCGCAAAAUGUGUGGCUGAGAUUCUUAAGGACAAGAUCGUGUGCGAUAGGAAGGACUACGUGUCCUUCGUCCUGGUGGGUUGCGACACCAACGAAAAGAAAACUUACCCACAUGUGAUCCCCUUUGGUGAUCCACGACUUUGCAGCUGGCAGCUCUUGCUUGACUUCUUCGACUUUGUGAAUCAGACGGCCUGCGAGGAAGGAGAAUGGCUAAAUGGCCUGCAGACGGCUCUGGAUCUUCAGCAAAUUGCAAGCUCCUUUAGAGUCGCCAGGCGCAGGAUUCUCCUGCUCUUCGAUUUCAACGACUUCCCACAGGAUUACGAGAAGUUCAACGACAUCACGGACGAAUUGCUUACCGAAAACAUUGAGUUAAUUGUCGGAACGCACAACAUAGCCUACGUAGACAAUACCGAGACCGCUCAGCCGCAGGCUAUCUUCAACUUUUCGCGCAAAUGCGGCCCCGAUGAGCUGAAGAACCAGAAGCACGCCCUCAGCCUCGUUCCCCGCUGCAAUGCCACGCUGUGCAGCUUCAAGGAGGCACUGCAUACCGUCUUCAAGGUGACCAACCGACGACCCUGGGUGUGGAACGCCAAGCUGAACAUCGGCAGCAAGAUCUCCAUCAGCCUGCAGGGCAUUAUCGCCAUGAAGAACCAGACGCCUGUAAAGCUGGUGAAGGUCUGGGCGGAGAAGGACGAGAUAGUGAUUCGGGAGACCCGGCAUUUUAUCAAGGGCACCGAGGUAACGCCGCUGCCGGAGAACCUCAUAACUGGUUACAUGCUGGGCGGCACUCCGGUGCCAUAUGACGAGGCCGUGCUAGAGCCAAAAGAUCCACACCCGCCUGGUCUGCACUUCUUUGGGUUCAUCAAAAGAAAUGCCGUCCCCGAUGAGUACUUCUGUGGCGAGUCCUUGUACCUUCUGGUACACCAGAAGCAUAACCAAUCUGCCGCAGUGAAGCUGGACGCUCUGGUGCGCGCGCUCGUUUCAUUGGAUAGGGCCAUACUAUGCUGGAAAAUAUUCAGCAGCAAGUUCAAUAGACCGCAAAUGGUUGUGCUGCUGCCCCGCGUAGCAGACGAUACCCAUCCCGCUACUUUGUAUAUGCUGGAAGUUUCCUACACGUCUCAGCACCACUUCUGGGACUUUCCCGCUCUACGAACCGCCAAGACGGAGUGCAGCGAGGACCAGCUUAAUGCCAUUGACGAGUUGAUCGAUAGCACCGAUCUGGAGUGCACACUGCGGGACACGCAGCAACCACGUCCGUGGGCGCAGAAUGAUCUGCUGCCCUUCGACGCACUACCCAGCAUCUUUGAGCAGAAUAUUAUGGACGUCCUAGAGCGAAAGGUCAUCCAUAGUAACAACAAGGACGACAUAGCACUCAAGGACAAGAACUUCGCGGAUGUAUUCUGGCGAGUGCCAGAACCCCUGGAGGAGAAGUCAAAGAGAGCGGCAGCCACAGUAAAGAAGCUAUUUCCCUUGCGCUACAGUCGCGCCUGGCAGGAAAAGCUACUGGCCAAGGAGCAGGCAGAGAAUGGUGUGGCCGUCAAGCAGGAACCAGCGGAGAAGGAACUCCCGAUGCCCUCAGACGGUGUGGGCUUAAUCGAUCCUGGCACCGAUUUCAAACGAGUCCUGGCCAGCGUUCGCUCCAUCGCUAAUGCCACUGAGCGAGAUGCCCGCUUUCAGGCGCUGGCUGCCGAUACCCGCGUGGUGAUCAUCACACUGCUGGAGCGCAAGAAACAGAACAUCGAGCAACUGGGCGAGAUCAUCACCCUGUACCGGCAGAGCUGUAUAGAUUUCAACUCCUUUUUGGAGUACGACAAGUUCGCUGAGGAGCUGAAGAAAAUCACGUUGGCCAACAGUUGCAGAGGAUUUUGGCAGAACGUUAUGGUCGACAAACAAUUGGGCCCCUUGGUCCUGGGCGAGCUAACGCUGGACGACGAAUUGGCCCUCAAGGCCUAUUACACCAUCGAGAAUUGGGCGGAAAACGAGACGAACUAGAUGGAAGACGUUGCGAUGUAGUUUAUCAUUCCAUCUUGUAAAUAGUAUUGAAAUGUGUUAUAAUUCGAUUUGUAUAUCCAGUUUUAUGCAGUUCUAAGUUCAAAUUAAAUUAUUAUAUUAGUUAUA